AUGCAGGGGGAUGUCUUUGCCACCACUGGAGCGCCAGAAUCCUUGGGAAAUCAAUAUACUCGGCCCGGUGGUGAGCCCAACUUAGCCGAGACCCUGGCACGAUUGUAUGGGCCUCGCUUCAAUCGUACCUUGGAUCCUUUGAAAGAGAUCGUCACCACCAUUGGUGCGCAGGAAGCCAUUUUCACCAGCCUCUUCUCGUGGACCGACCCAGGGGAUGAAGUGCUCCUCUUCACUCCUUGCUUCGACGCCGUGGUGCGAUCUGCGUCCACCUUGCAAGUGAAGUUGAUUGGUGUGAACCUGCGACCGCCAUGUGACGGCUCCACUGCCAGCUUGAAGGAUUGGUCGGUGAAUAUGGAGGAGCUGGAACGAAGCAUUACGCCCCAGACGCGGAUCUUGAUGUUCAACACCCCCUCGGCGCCCUUCGGAAAGGUCUUCCGGCAGGAAGAGCUCGAAGCCAUUGCGGAGGUGGUGAGGCGUCAUCCCAGAAUACUGGUCAUCUCUGAUGAGGUCUAUGAGAGAUGUGUUUACGACAACGUCUCACAUUUCCACUUUGCUUCCUUACCUGGGAUGUUCGAGCGCACCAUGACGCUCUUCAGUGUGGGGAAAACCUUUUCAUGCACCGGCUGGCGCGUGGGAUACAUUAUUGCACCUUCAUCUUUGGCGGCCCCGCUGCUGGCCAGCCACACUGCAGUGAACUUUUGUGCACCGACCCCUUUGCAAAAGGCGAGUGCUGCAGCCUUUGAUCAGGCAGAGAAAGAGGGCUAUUUCGAGUGGUUCCCCAAGAUGAUGCAGGAGAAGCGCGAUUUUUUGGUGAAGGUUUUGCAGGAGGUGGGCCUAAAACCCUUAGUACCUGAAGGCGGAUAUUUCAUCAUUUGCGAUGCUACCAUCUUCUUGGAGGCUGCCCACAUCGACGACGACCACGUGUCGGCGGAGACGCCCUUAGACGAGCGACCCGAUGUGAAGGUCUGUAAAUGGAUGACUGAGAAGGUGGGUGUGACGGCCAUUCCCGUCAGCCCCUUCUACUUGCCAGAGUCUCGUCAUUACGCGAACCGGCUGGUGCGCUUGGCCUUUUGCAAGGAUGAGGCCACCAUGUCCUUGGCGGCCGAACGACUCAAGCAGUGGCAUGUUCCACCCUACGGCUUCGCGCUGCUCUACUCGCGCUGGGAGGUCACUGGCGCGGCACGACGGAUACAGAACUGCACUCCCAGGUACGACUCGCAAAUGGGGCUCUUUUCCAUCCUGGUGAUCCACUACGUGGUCCGGGCCCUUCCUUGCGCACGACGCCUUCGCAGCGGCCUGUUUGCGGCGUACCGGGUACGUACUGAGGUCUCUGCCAUUGGGAUUGGCAUUGGGCUCUUCUAUCCCAUUUGGGAUUCCGAUGCCAUUUGGCCCUUGACCCGAGGACUGGUGCUCAUGGUGAAGUGCGUGCUGGCCUACUAUGGUGUGCCCAUCCUUUUGGCUGCACGCCUCAUCUCCAAAAUGUUGCGCUCCGUCAGCAAACUUCGCCUGAGCCGCGACCCCGUGCCGACCGACGUCCGGCACCGGCUCACCGGCUCGGCACGGCACCGGGCCGUUCGAGGUCAAUACUCCUCUUCCCAUGUCUUCGCUCAAGCCGUCGCCGGCUCAGAGAUGGUGAUUCCGUGUGCCGUUUUUGGGCUUUUGUUGAAUGUCCAUUUGGACAACAUGGCAUAUGGUGCGGCAUUUUUCCUCUUCUUCGCCGACACGCCACUGGGAUCAACAGCACGCGCGGAGUGGCUGGUCGCAGAGCUGCGCGGCAGAGCGGUGUGGAUGGUGUCCUUCUUGGCCCGAUCGCUGCGCGUGCGCCUGGUGAUGGUUUGCAAUGAUAGCAGCGACGAUGAUGUCGAGUCUAUUUGCAUGUCCAAGUCUACAGAACGCAAAGGAAGCAAAUACGAGGAGAUCAAGAGCCUUCCGCAAGCGCGCUUUGUCAAUGUCACAUCCCGCAAUGGCCACGCUCCUCAGCCCAGCCCCAUGGGCCAGGCGAUUGCCAAGAGCAUUUGGGAAUGGCGUAUUUGCUUGGCCAUCGGCUGGCCUUUGCUGGCUGUGCUCAUGGCACCCUUUGCAUACAUGAUGGUGAUCAACGCCCUACCGCUGCCCAAGAACCCGCCCCAUGGCACUCCCUCGGCCCUGGCGGAGGAACUCUUCGAGGCGAAAUUUCCCUACUUGGUGGGGAUGAAGAUGGAAAUGGUGCUCAUCAAGUGCCGGGCGCCCUGUGAGAGUGCCGUGUCCUCCGUGAGCAAGUCACACGUGGAGAUUCUGAAGGACAUGGUUUUGCGCUUUGGGCAUGAGUACCCAGGGACGAUUAUAGACAUUCGUUCCUACUACACGUUCGGGACGAAGAUCGAUGACAAUCCAAUGCUAUCCUUCGACAAGCAAAGCAUCCUCUUUGUUUGGAGUUGGCGUGUCAAUGGGACGAUGAAGCUAGAAGCGCAGGAUUUUGCACGUCAGAUAACGAGAAUGUGUGACUCCUUGAACGAGCAACUGGAUGAUGGGCCUCUCAGCUACCAGCUGGCUGCCACCGGUCCCACUUUUCUCAAUGUGGCCAUGAAGGAGACCGUCCUUCACGAGGUGCCGAUCCAUGAGAUAGAGACGCUCUGGCUGCCCUUCGGUAUUUUGGCAUAUCGUCUUCAAAGUGCGAGGCUCUUGCUCCUGGCACUGUGCUCCAUGCCCGUGUCCAUUCUCAUCUCUUUUGGCUUCAUGUACUUCGUUUCGACCCAGCUGCCGGUGAUCCUGUAUGCGCUCGUGAUGAUGCUGAUGCUUUGCACUGCUCUGUCUUUUGACUACUCGCUCUUUACCAUGACAAGAUACGGAGAAGAGCGAAGAAAGGGUACCAGCCUAGAAGAUGCCAUCGCCAUUGUGAUCACACAAAGUGGUCAUGUGGUGGUUGUGUCUGGCCUUGUGCUUACCAUUGCCUAUGGCUCCCUGCUAGUGCUUCCAGGUGCCUUCAAGAGCUUUUGCAUUGCUGCUUGCAGCAUGAUCCUGUGUUGCAUUGGUGUUCAGAUGACUUUUGUGCCGUGCCUCUUGGGGAUCUUCCCAUGGCUGGGCGCUGGCUUUGACGUGGUUUCUCCCGAGGAAGAAGCUGAUGAAGGGGAUGCUUCGUGGACCGAGGAGGAAGAGGAAGAUAUUGGCCAUGAGGAGCUGGAGGAAGACACCCCGGCCACGCGAAAUUCGUUGCGGCAUGUGCGUGUCUUUCGCAAGGGCAUCUACUACAGGGUCGGAGGGAAACUGACCCAGUGCCCGCUGAACAUUUUGGUACCCAUCGCCAUCUAUGCUGUGACAUCUCCAUUGACCUAUCGCGUUCUGAGGUAUCAAAUGGGCCACGCCUAUGAGCUUCAAAUCCCUCGUGGGAAGAAAGAGUGGGAAACCUCGCUGAGCAUCCAACAGGAUUUUCCCACCAGUGUGGGAUGUAUGAUGCCCACCUUGAUCAUUGCCACCAGCAAACUUCCAGAUGAAGAUCUCUUCACGACCACCUUGCCACCGCUCCCCGUUUUGCCCAGCGAAGGCCUUGUGGUGCACCCUGCGCCGGGGAGGACGCCUGCGCCGGGGACGACGACGCCCAGUGCACCGAGCACCCAAAUCCGGAGGCUCAACGAGACGGCCGCCGUGGUCACGGUGCCCACGCCGGCGCCGAAGGUCGCAGAGGCGCCGAAGGAGCCUUUGGAUGUGAGGGGUCAAGCGUUCUUCAACGAGAACUGCGACAUGGUGAACCGGCUCAUCCAGAUGUCUCGGAAUGAGACCUUCGCGCUGGCGUCGAAGGACUUUCAAAGCCCCACCUUCUAUGGCGAGCUGAAGAAUGGGGAUGUGAAAUGCCUGAACUACAAACUGACGCACUACUACCGUGAGAACUUCUUUGCAAAGAGGUUCAUGUCCACCUCCAGGCUGAUGCAAAAGUUGUGGGACCAGUUGGUGAAUGCCAAGCACGACUCCAUGCUCACGCUUCUCACGCCCAAAAUGGACCCCUUCAGUGAAGAGGCCUUUCGCAUGACUUCAGAGAUCCGCUCGACACUGCAUAAUGCCAGUGUUGAUUCCAGGGAGAGCGGCUUCGGCGCCAUCACGUACAUGAUGUUCUCACCCAGCGCGAUCAUGAUGGACAUGAUCAAAUUCACCCACGAUCGGCUCUUUGUCGCCUUUCUGGGUUGUGCCAUCGUUUGCUGCUGGGCAGACGAGAGGGAGGGCUUCGUGCUCAUCGCCGUGGCCUUUCAUGCUUGGCUCAUCCCCUUCAAGUUGCUUUUCACUGUGAUCUUGCCAAUCACCUGGACGUAUGGCGCUGCUUUGUAUGUCUACGAGGACGGCGCCCUGGAGUGGCUGGGCUUUCCGGGCUUGUCGCCCACGUACAUUACGAACAGUGGCCCUGCAGGUCUUGAUUGGACGGUUCCGAUGUUCACACUGACCAUCAUGCUGGGCCUGGCUUUAGAUUACGACGUCUUCCUCUUCGAGCGCGUCUGGGAAUUCCGAGAAGAGGGCUUCGGAGACAACGAGUCCGUGCAGUUGGCUCUGUCUGCCACGGGGCCCACGAUCACAGCUGCUGGUCUCAUCUUCGCCUUUACGUUUACCAGCAUGCUGCUUGGGAGCAUGGCCAUCACAAACCAGAUGGGCUUUAUUUUCAUCUUCAGCAUUGUGGUGGACACCUUUGUGGUACGAACCGUGCUCGUGCCUGCGAUGCUCUCACUGAACCCACGCUUAAACUAUUGGCCUUCCGACAUGCCGGAGGACAGCGUGUCAAAGAUUCAACAGCGCUUUCCCGCGAAGGCUGUCCUUCCCUACGCUCUUCAGGGGCCGGGUGGCCCCCCUUACGCCUUCUAUGGCACGGGGCCGAGUGUUUGGGACCGCAUCGUGGAGUUCCUGCGCUACGAGGGCAAGGCACCCGAUUGGUCAGAGACUGAGGACGGGACGAGAGGAGAGGCCGAAAACCUCUUGCGGAAGUACACGAGCCAAGGACAACAAGGCUGGCCCAACAACAGGGAGGCCAAGUGGCGCCUCCAGGCCCUUGCACGAGGGCUGGGCCUACCACUGCCUGUGCCAUAUCGAGUGCCGGGCCUCAGCGUUCUCAUCCCGCACUACGGUGAAUCCAUCUUGGCGCCCUGGGCAGAAAGCGUCGCGCAGGAACCUGUCUUGGGCAUCCUUCUUUGGCCCAUCUCCAGCAUCCACAUGUUCAGCUUCGCAGCCGAAGACAAAGAGGAUUCAGAGGUGGUCCUCGUGCACCGGAUGAGAAACUUUGGUGGAGUCUAUGACCCACUCACCACGGUCUUUACGAAGAAGAGCUGGUACCAAGACUAUGAUCCUUGCGGAAACUGUGAGACGAUCAUCUUGCAGGGCCCUCACGCAGCAGAAUUCAAGAACUUUGCAAGUGGAGGGUUGCAAGUGCUCAAGCAGCAGAAGCCGGCCCCAUAUUACACCUGUGAGACGAGCCGCCUGAUGGUGAACGAAGGCGGUUCAUACGGCCCUCACUGUGCCAGAGUGCAAUGGGCGCCCAACGCCGGGCCAGAGGACUUCACCUUGCACUUGAACCGGACGAUCGGACGUGUGAACGAGGACGGGAAGUUCUAUCCUUACCAGAACAGAAACCGCGACGCCGGCCUCACCAAGAAGCGCUGCAUGGGGGCCAACAGCUGGAUGUGCGAGGCGAUGUUCCGCGGCGACACGCGGCCGAUGUACAUGGCAGGGCACCAUGAGGAAGACUUUUCGUAUGCCAGUGGAGGCAGCGUGGCCAUGGCCUUGGAGGUGAUGGUGGGCGACUUCGCGAUUUGGAAGAAGUCCUUGGAAGGAAAAUUUGGUUACCCUUAUGCAGGACACUCCGGGGCAGCCUCUGCUGAAAUGAUGGUCUUGCCUUUCCCUCAAAUGAAGCCGUUGGAUCCUUCUCGGCCCGGGACGGCCAACGCAGCAGGCGAGUACGUUGGAAACGUCGUGGGAGCUGGUGUGUCUUUGAUCUUCAUGAUGAAUGUUUUGAAUCAUGUGUCUCGCUUGGUGACGGAGCGUGAGGAGAAACGCAAGGAGCCACGAAGGCUGGCGGAGCUGAGGAUCGAAAGAGGCUCCAAGGAGCCGCAGGACCUAGGUGUGUUGUUCCUCGACGGCUUUCCUGUGGUGUCCGCGAACGAGACCCUGGUCGCCAAUGGGUACCCUUUGGCCGUGGAGGAGGCCUUCGAGAAGGCCACAGGACUUCACUUGACCUUGAAAAGCCAGCUGUUGCCCUUUACCCCAUCUGAAGCCGCAUACUAUGCAGAAUGGAACGUGAUGACGCAAAGCUGGGCGUCGAUCUUGGUGGCUGUGCUCAGCAACUUUGCAUUCUGCUUUGUGCCGAUUGCAGCCUUGGGGUUCGUUUUGAUGGAAAAGACCAAGGAUGUCAAGCAUCAGCUGAUGAUCUCUGGCUGUUCAGCCAGGGCAUACUGGAUCUCGAUGCUGCUUUGGGAUUGCCUGUUCGGCGCGAUUCCAAUCUUAGCGCUCUACGUGCUUUUGAACAUCACAGGCUUUGAUGCUUUCAUCAACUAUGCCAAGACCAGCGUUGCGCUACUUCUGCUCUUCACCCCCGCGGCGAUCGGUCUGGCCUACGUGAUCUCCUACUUGACCGACAGUGUCCCUUUGGGCAAUGUUUUGCUGGUGGUUUGCAACGGCGUCCUUGCCAUGGUGCUUGUCUUCCUCUUCCUCUUUUUUGAUCUUUACCUCAAGUCCGCGGGUGUCAUGAUGGCGCUCGAGAGUAAUUCGAUGGCGGGAGCAAAGGAUCAAAUGCAAGCGCUGCAGGGGAAUUGCGAUGGCAUCAAGGAGAUCGCUGCGCAUAAUCUCUGUUCCAUGGUCCAGACCAGCCUCACGGUGAUUCCCCUCCUGGAGACCUUGGGCUUCUUUCUGCCGGGCUUCAGUCUGCUGGACGGCUUGGUGCGGAUCUCCUUCCGCAACGCCUUUGUCACGGUGCUGCUUCCCAUGAUGCUCGAGCAAGUCGCGAAAAUGACCGGAAGUAUGUUGAAGGAAUCGAGCAGGGGCAUUUUCGGAUCCAGCUGCGGGACCCUGCUGGACCUGAACCCGGACGUCCCACGUAGCGGGGCGAACGACUGCAGCUACUACGACCACUAUUAUUCCGGGCCAGCCACGAUCAAUCCAGGAUGCCCCUUGGCAGAGAUGAUCUAUUGGUUGGAUGACACUGCCAUGGGGAACAUGAUGGAUGCACUCAUGGGCCAGGAACUUGCAGCACAAGGGGCUACGCUACCUCCAGCGGUUCAGAAGGAGCUCGAAGCGAUAUCCAAGAACAUGCCCAAGCCCUCUGCCAUGGCCAUCAGCUCGGCAUUCAUGAUGAUGGUGGGAUUCUUGCCUAUGGAAGAGCAGAACGAGUGGAAACAUGCCAGGGAAUGCCUUAUGAAGCAAGAUCAGCGCUCGAGCUUCGAAGCGCAGCGGGAUACAGAGACGCAGCUGCUGGCAUCGCUAAUCACAGCCACUGGGGUCAGACUCGGGGGCAGGGUGGAAAGCCAGCUUCGAUCCUUUGCCACCUCUGAAGCCGUGCGGAAUAAUGCAGAUCAGUUCCUCCCCGACAUCAGUGGACUCGGUGAGUGCACCAUGGGCCCGGUGUUUGGGCCGAUUCGCCUCCAGGAUCUCGUGCCCUCACUGAACUCCAGUGGAACGAGUUCGAUCUCCGACAUCUCGAUCGGGCCGAUCUCUGUGAAGAUGCCAUGCCACCUUGGCCUUAAAGAGACAGGCGCCUUACUUGAGACCCUGGCGAGAGUGCCCACCAUGGGAGCCUCGCAACUGCGUUUGCUCGUCUUG